GAGCGCAGAUUUUCUGUUUCUCUGGAGCUGUUGUGACUCUCAGUUGGAUACUGGUGAAUCGAGUAUGUCUCACACUGUGACUCUCAGCGGUCCCUCGCCGUGGGGUUUUCGGCUGGUGGGUGGAAGGGACUUCAGCACCCCGCUCACCAUCUCCAGAAUAACACCUGCAAGUAAAGCAGCACUGAGCGACCUGUGCCCGGGAGACACCAUCCUGGCCAUCAAUGGAGAUAGCACAGAGAGCAUGACACACAUGGAGGCCCAGAAUCGCAUCAAAGCCUGCACAGAUCAGCUUGUUCUGGUUAUCAGCAGAUCUGGAAGAGCUUGGUCUCCCACUGGAAUAGAAGAAAACAAGAGCAGUUCAAAAAGUGGCACACUGGAGUCUGAGUCACAGACCUUCCGACCAAUCAGCAGUGGCUAUAGCCCCUUUCCCAAGAGCCCAUCCCCCAAGAGUCCAAUUACCUGCGGCGUGCCCUGCAAUAACGGCAACUCAAGACCUAUGUACAACAAUCCAGCUGGAUUAUAUUCACACAACAACGGCAACGGUGCCCUACCGAAGCAGAUGGCAGGCCUCAGUCUAUGCUCUCCAAACAGUUUCAGCCCUGAACCGCCAGUGAAUUCAUCAGGCAGCCGCAACGGGGUCGACACACAGUCAGAUGUCUACAGGAUGCUUCAGGACUAUGAGGAACCGGUGUCAGCUCCCAAACAAUCUGGAUCCUUUAAAUACCUGCAGGGAAUCCUGGAAGCAGAGGAUGGGGGGAUUUCUCCAGUGGAGAAACAUUCAGUAAGAGGCUUGCGUUCUCCAGUCAAAUCUCCAGUACCAAAACUGUGCAGCCCCAUCAGCGCUCCUCUCACUCCCAUCCCUGGACUACAGAAGCUGCCCCAGUGCACGCGCUGUGCUAAUGGCAUUGUUGGAACCAUCGUGAAAGCCAGAGACAAGCUCUAUCAUCCUGAUUGUUUCAUGUGUGAUGACUGUGGGCUCAAUCUAAAGCAGAGAGGAUAUUUCUUCAUUGAUGACAAUCUGUAUUGUGAGACCCAUGCCAAGGCACGUGUGCAACCCCCUGAAGGCUAUGAUGUGGUGGCCGUGUACCCCAACUCUAAAGUUGAACUGGUCUAAACAUAAGACAAACACACACACAAGUUUUUCGCCAAGGAUUCGACAUGACCAACCCAAUCUUGCAAUCCAUGUGGGAAUGAGAAAAGCAAACUGAAACUUCUCCUGAAAAUCUUUUUCAGACACUGCUCAACUUCCUCCUAGGUUUAUGUUCUGUUUUAACCUGCUGUGUUGUCAGUGAACUCAAAAGAAGAGCUGUUGUUUAGGCCAGCACCACUUUUCCUGUCAUUAGAAAGUCAACUCUGGUGUUGCUUUAAGAAGAAAAAUGGAAACGUAAGGUAACAGUGUAGAAAAUAAACCACGACCCAGAUACUUUGAUGAACAUCUGUUCACCUAAAUUCCAGCGGCACCCCAGGGAUUUGUUGUUCUGAAAGAUGUGAUUGACUGAGGUGUUCAAAAAGGCCAUGAAAAAUGCCUCAAGCCAUAUGGAAAAUGGUAAUGUAUUCAUUUAUUCAGAAAGUUUGGGACGUUAUGUUUAUUCUUUGGCUAAGAAGCCAAGAAAUGUAUUAUUAUUAUUAACUUUUCCGUAGACGCAAGUAAGAGGCUCUAGAAACGGAACACUAUUUCUGUUUGUAUGCUAGAUCAUUUCAUUGGCUUUAAGCAGACUUAGAAACAAAACAUACUCAAUCCAUGUACAUGACUGCAAAUGCUAGCAAUGCAAGUUUAAUUUCAAGUGUCAUUGUUUUAGAAAACACAACUAUGAAUUGCAUUCUUGGAAGUACAUAAACACAAGUGCUUUUAGCUCAGUGUUGAGUGUAAUCUGAUUACAGAAUAAUUAGUUACUGUAAUGUAAUUACCUUUAAGUCAAAAUUAGAGUAACACAUGACAUUUUAAAUUCUAGUAAUCAGAUUAGUUACUUACAAUUAAACGAAUUACUGAAGUACUGUACAUUACUUGAGUUACACUUUUCUAAAAUAGUACUAUUUAUGUAGAAUUUAAAACAUGAAUUAUGUAAAUAUACUGAUGAGCCAAAUCAUUAUGACCACCUGCCUAAUAUGCUGUUGGUCCUCCGCGUGCCGCAAAAACAGCACCGACCUGCCAAGGCAUGGACUCUACAAGAUCCCUGAAGUUGUCCUGUGGUAUCUGGCACCAAGACAUUAGCAGCAGAUCCUUCAAGUCCUGUAAGUUGCGAGGUGGAGCUGCCAUGGAUCGGACUUGUUGGUCCAGCACAUCCCACAGAUGCUCAAUCAGACUGAGAUCUGCGGAAUUUGGAGGCCAGGGCAACACCUUGAACUCUUCAUCAUGUUUCUCAAACCAUCCCCGAACAAUGUGUGCAGUGUGGCAGGGCGCAUUAUCCUGCUGAAAGAGGCCACUGCCAUCAGGGAAUACCAUUGCCAUGAAGGGUGUACCUGGUCUGCAAUAAAGUUUAGGUAGGUGGCACGUGUCAAAAUGAUGUCCACAUGAAUUGCCGGACCCAGGGUUUCCCAGCAGUACAUUGCCCAGAGCAUCACGCCCCCUCCACUGGCUUGUCGUCUUCCCAUAGUGCAUCCUGGUACCAUCACUUCCCCAGGUAAAUGGCGCACACAUACAUGGCCCUCCAAGUGAUGUAAAAGAAAGCGGGACUCAUCGGACCAUACGACCUACUUCCACUGCUACCAGGUCCAUUUCAAUGCUCACGUGCCCAUUGUAGGCACUUUCGAUUGUGGACAAGGGUUAUCAUGGAGACUCUGACCAUUAUGUGGCUACGCAGCCCCAUACACAGCAGGGUGCAAUGCACUGUGUGUUGUGACAUAUUCCUCCCGUAACUGUCAUUAAAAUUUUCUUUGACUUGUGCCACAGUACACCUUCUGUUGGCUCGGACCAGACGGGAUAGCCUUUGUUGCCCUCACGCGUCAGUGAACCUCGGGCGCCCAACACCCUGUCGCCGGUUUGUGGUUUGUCCCUCCUCAGACCACUGUCGAUAGGUACUCACCACUGCUGAAUGGGAGCACCCCACAAGCCUUGCCAUUUCAGAAAUGCUCUGACCCAGUCAUCUGGCCAUAACAGUUUGGCCCUUGUCAAAGUCGCACAGGUCUUUACUCCUGCCCAUUUCUGCUGCAUUCAACACUACGAGACUACGAGAACUGAUUGUUCGCUUACCAUAUAAUCUACCCAGACCUUGAUAUGUGGCCUUGUUAGGAGAUGAUCAACGUAAUUCGCUUCACAUGUGAGUGGUCAUAAUGUUUUGGCUCAUCGGUGUAUGUACAUCUCUUUGCGUUUCUGUGACAGCUGAAGAGUGUACGCCCCAUAAUAAGUAAUAGUAAGGGAGAAAUGUGAGGUAUUUGGGUACAACUGAUCAAGGAGGAAAUAUAGACAUUAUUUUAAAUUCGUUGAGCAAAAAAACUAAAACUCUGUGAAAAGUGCUUUAGAAAGUAAUUUAAAAGUAAAGUAAUUAGUAAUCUGAUUACAAAAUAUAGAAGUAAUUUGUAAUGGAUUACUUUUGAGUAAUUUACCCAACACUGUUCUAGCUACGCAAGUUCAAUUUCAUGUGUCGUGUUCUGAAAUGUGUCGGAAUGCAAUUCAUACUGCAAAACAACGCAACUCUGCAUUGCUUUCUUAGAAGUACGUGAGCGCAAACGAUUCUAGCUGCACAAGCUUGAUUUCACGUGUUGUUGCAUUCCGCAAAACAACCUUUCAUGAUGUCUUUUCUUCUUUUGCCUAUUUAGUAAUAUAUUAUACUGUAGCACACACUCAUUUGUCAACAUGUUUAAAGCUAGCUACCUAAAAUAAUAAACACAUUGGGUUUAAUGGCACAGACAUUUGAAGUUAACUCUAUCGCCCCCUUAAGUACCAAUGUUUGUUACCGCCACAGUAAGACAAGCAUGCAUGUUAUGUACAAUAAGACCAUGUGCUUACAACACGUUUACCAAGGCGUCUACAGUAUGUUUGCAUACUUGUGUAGAGUGUUUCUGGCCUUUUUAACAGAUGUAAACUUAAUUUCUUUAACUGGUAUAGAUGUCUGCUUUAUGUAAAACAACGAAUUUAGAAAAAUAGAAUCAAACAGACUAAAGAUUACUAAAGUAGGCAUGCUUUUAUUUUAUUUUUUUUGGCUUUUCUUUACCGCGGAGUCCGCAGAGAAGUGUUGAUGCUUUUGUAAAUUCUGUAAAAAAUGACAAAUGUUUGUUUUUGCUAGUUUCUUAUGAAUUAUAUAUACGUGUGCCUUUUUAAAACUUGUAACACAUUAUAACACUGCUUCCUUGUAAUAAGAGACUUCUGUAAAUAUUUGGAUGCUAACAGAUUGUUAAUUUUUUAACAUAAUGACAAGGAACUAAAAAAACAAAAAAAAAAAAACAAAAAAAAAACAGAAAUGGAACUGUUUUGUAUUUCUUAUUGCAAGGUGUUUUGGUCAUUUUUAAGCAAUUAUCUGACCCAAAAUAGAAAUUCUGCCAUCAUUUAUUUAUCCUCAUGGCACCAUCUUCCAUGAAACACAAAAAGAGAGGUUUUGAGGAAUUCUCAUGCUGAUCUUUUCCAUAAUGAUGAAUAAGGAAAUACUUAAGAAAAUAAAAAUAAAAUACUUCAGUAAAUUAUGUCAGAAUUUCAUUUUUAGGUGAGCUUUUCCUAAAAAAUAAUUUGUUUUCACUACAGUUGGCUUGUUAUUCAAAGAUCCUGAUGUAGACGUGUGUUGCAAUGGUUUAAUGAGCAUGUUUUCUUAAAGAAAUUCAUCCUCUAUCACAGCCAAGAAGUCCAUGUUGACUUUGCAUGUAAAAUGAGAGGAGUUUGUGCUUUCAGGAUAGCUGUGAAGGUCAAACUGCAUUUCUGAUGCACGGAAAGCAUUCAGUGGUCUCUCCAUAAUCAAAUCCAGGAGCAGGACACUCUUAAAUACGGCCUUCAGUUGCACUUCACAUUCCAUUUCUUCUCUUUCCCUCACAAUCUCCAACCACGAAGAGCAUUGGAAUGGCACCUUUUAAACAAAAUGACUGUCUAAAAUACAACGUGGUCAGCAUCGUGGCAAACGCUUUUUUCCAAGCCUGACUCAGUGAAUGUUUCUAACUUCUGCAUAACAGAAAUAAGAUGUUUCCAUAAAUAUUGUGGGGCAUUUGUACUUUGACAUUUUCCUCUUAUCACUUGGUGAUUAAAAGUGCAAAAUGUUAAAAAUGAUAAUAAAUUGGCUGAAUUUGAAAUGGGUUUCUAUCAAUGAGUAUCA